GUGGUUUCCCCGUCCUCAGUUUCAUUUCCUGAAAUGGUGGACAAGGAAAAACUAUGAGAUAAACUCAGUAAGUAAAUAUGGAGUGCCCCUUAUCAAACUUAAAGCAUGCCAACAAGUACAAUCACGAAAACAGAUACAGUACGGGCACGAAAUAGACGUCUCCUCUAUAGGUCACAGCCAUCGUUUAUAAACCUCCCACUGGCGAGCACACGAUUUGCUGGUGUAUAACCCCCACUAGCAGGGUUGAACGAACCGGCUCUAUCACUACAUGUCAACAUGUGCUAGCGUUUGUAACCUCCCCCACUAGCGAGUGGUUGCUUUGAUCAUUUUUGUCUUUGAGUGAUUAUCUUGUCAUAUCAUGACAUGCAUCAUACUUUGCUAACAUGUUCAUGCAUCAUAUCAUCUCACAUGCUCAUGCAUUAUUGAUAUUAUAUGCUUAAUCAUCAUGCAUCAUGCUUACAUGCCUAUUUGCUUGUGUGUGGGUAUACUCACCUUUUGCACUUGGCUAUGGAGUACUCAGUGAGUCUCUUCCCUCUUGUGUGAUUAUUUAUAUCUUGUUGCAUGCUAAGUGUUGGUUGCUUAGUGUUACUAACCUUUUGCAUUUGGCAUGGGAGUACGAGGUGAGUCCCUUCCUACUGUGUCUGUGUUUGAGGUGAACCCGACCUCUAGUUUGGAAUCCUUACGAAUCUGGCUUGAAAGAGCAAUUCUUCCCGCUUUGAGGAGUAAGAUCAGUUCCCGUUAGGUUGUUUCCAUUGGUUAAUACGACACUUGAUGAUGUAAUAUCAUUCUGUGUAUUAACUUUUGGAAAUGUCUCCCGUUGAUUCCAAAAGGAUAAAUGGUUGAGAAAGCC